AUGGAGUGCCCUUCCUGCCAUCAUCUCUCCACAGAGGACAAGCCCAAAUUCUGCAGCCAAUGUGGAGCCAGGCUUCCUGAAGUGCCCCAAACAGAGCCCAAGAGCCUCAGCGCCGAGCUGGUGCCAGCCCUGGGUGUGGAAAUGGACCGCGGGGAGAAACGGAAGGAAGACGGCGGCCUGGGGUCAGCUGACCUUCAAGAGACCCCAGACGAGUGCUGCUCUGAUGGCACUGAUGGCUCCUGGACCAUUGUCCAGAGGAGCAAGAAGAAGAAAAAGAAGAACCAGAGAUUCUCUACUUCAGACGAGAUGGACUCCUUGUCCCUACCUCCCUCGACCCCAAGUUACCAGGAUUCUCAGUCAUCCCCCAGGUCCUUGGACCCAGCCCCACACAGAGACCAUGGUCAGCAGGAUGGUGUGAUUGGCCAGCCCCCAGCUCGCACUCUUCAUGCCAAGUGUGACCAGGGCCCAUCCAGUCCAGAGGCCAAGAACCAGGAGGUGGGAGUGGCCAAGGCCAGCAGCUGCCCUCUGCAGAGUCAGACUGAUGGAGAAGAGGCUCAGAUGAGUGCUGGACCCCAAGACCCUUCCAACCCUUCUCAGAAGGGCACUGGCCUCACAGAAGCUGCCUCUGAAGGCAGCCCUGUGGAUAGUGAUACUACCCAGACACGCCCAGUACCAGAGUCAAAGGGGACUGACCAAGAGCCCAGGAAACAGGCAGAGACCCCGACUUCUGAGGCCAAAGUUGCUCCAGUUGAGCCAGCCCAUGCCACAAAACAAGCAGGGAAGGAUGGUGAAAAGAAGGCUCAGAAGACGAAGGCACAACCAGCAAGUGUCCCUGCUGCUAAAGGACAUGACCAGAAAGCAGAGACCAAGGACAGAACGUCCCUUCCUGGAGAGAAAGCAGGUGAGAAGGAGAAAGCUCAGUCACGGGACCCGAAGCGUCCAGAAGGGUACAGUGCGGUGGUGAAAAGUGCCCAGGAGCAUAGCCGUCCGGAAGAGCGUGCGUGUGACAUGCAGAGGCCAUUGAGUCCUGGUGAAGGCAUCAUGGUGUACUUCCAUGCUAUCAUCUCUAAAGACUUCUCAUUCAACUCUAACCAACAUCAAGUAUUCAUCAGGGGAGGAGAGGAGUUUGGAAUGCCAAAAUGGAAGAAGAAUGUCUGUCAGAUGAACUACAGCAAAGACUUGGGUGAACACGGGUCCCUGAUUGAAGGCAACACCAUCAUUUCCAAGCAGAGCCUGGAUAAGUCCAUCCCUUACAAGUACAUCAUUGUUCGGGAAAAUGUCUCUGAGGAGUACGAGUUUAUCUACAAAAAGCAGGACAAAGAGCAUGUCAACCGUUGCCUGUACAUCAAGUCUUCACUCCUGAACUCAGGAGAUUGGCAUCAGUAUGAUGAUAUAAUUUGCAUGAAGCCUCCUGGUCCGUUGCAGAGGUUCUGGGAUCAUGUCACAGACGGUACAAGGAAAAAACUGGUGAAGGGGAAGCAGAUUGCAGCUAGAUUCAUGCUGGACAGCAUCUUCAGCAUCCUCCAGACCUGGGAUGCCAUCAACCUAAAGAGCUUUUUCACCCAGUUCCUGCAGUUUUAUACUGUUACCCGAAAUCCAACAGUCUAUGAAGGAGGACCACAGCCUUGGACCUCUCUGCAGUAUGGAGAGAGUGAGGUGAAGAGUGACCUGUGGAGCUAUUUGAAAGAGAAGGUGGCUCUUCUUCAAGAAGGAGGCAGCAGGGGCCCUCAGCCUGAUGACUGGCCAGUGAGGAGUAGACUGAGGAUGGGCCUCAUUGCCCUGUUCGCAGUGGAAGAGUUUUCACUGCCCGUGUCAGAAGGUGACCUGUUCUCUGUGUGCUCCCUUCUCUGCUUAAAUGCCAACUCACCUGAGACCUUUGACCGAGACUUACAGCCUGUCCUCGGAACAUCUCCAAGAUGGAGAGAGUACUUGGUGAACCUGUGCCGAAGGUGCAUGAAUAAAAGGAUGAACUGCUGGGUCCUCACGCUUCCGGUGCUGCACCACUGUGGGGGGCCGGCCCCCCAAUGGAAGGACAUCCCAUCAGAGGACACAUGGGCGGCCCUAGAAGGCCUCUCCUUCUCACAGUUUCGUGACAAAGAAUCAAAGCAGAAUCAGUUGCUUCAGCUCAUGGAGAACAAUAAGCAUCUGCUGACUGUUGAUGGCUGUUUGUUCCGCUCUUGGUUCAGUUUGCUGCCUCUACGUGACCUGUCCAACUAUAUGAGCACCUUGAUAGAAUACCUCAUCACUUCCCCUGCUGGUUUCCUGGAUUGCGUUCUAGGGGUUUACUACCGGCUUCGGGAAUUUAAGGAAAUCUCGAACAGAAAUCAUGAGAGUAUUAAGAAAGUUUUACAAAUGCUGUUGCACCUGCUGGAUGCUAAUUUGAACAAGAUUCCUGAGGAGCCCUUCUCACACUCCUACUUGUCUGUCUGCCUGAAAUUUCAUGAAACCGUCUGUGAAAUCACGAAGGAUCCAAAGUUUUAUGAGAUGUCUGCCUUGUCUGCAGAGAUUGUUUGCAGAAUCAUUGCACUUCAACCUGCGGUGGGCUGGGCAGAAACCCCGCCGCGCAGUGACACCAGAAAGAAGGAUCCAGUAACGGCAGUGUUCCAGGGAAUUCUCACUGCUACUCAACGUUGGCUUAAACAUAUUUUUGCCAAAACAAUGUUCUGGUAUUCAUAUACAUCAUAUGUCAAAUUCGUUUAUGAUGAGGAAAUCAAGGUCUGGAGACGGCUGGUGGAAAUACCUUUUCCUGUGAAAUAUGGCUGGAAGGAGGCGUUGCUGAGAGACCUGGAAGGGAGAUUCAAACAGGAGAAGCCCCUCGCACAGAUCUCGGUCUACUGUAGCUCUGGCUGGGAUGCUUCAAACCUGGACGACAGUGUGGCCAAGACCUUCGAGAAGUGCGUCCUGGAAGCUGUGAACAUGGCCUGCCAGUCUCAGACCAACAUCCUUGAUGGACUCUCUCGUCAUGAUCUGCGGAGAUUUGGCAAACUUGCAUCUGCUGUGAUCACAAAGUCCUGGCCCGUGAAACAUGGGAUGGCAGUAGAUGAUGUGGAUGAGGUUUUAAAGUACCUGCUCAAGGGACAAGAUGGCAAGCAGAUCUUCAGACUGUACGGAUCCGAUGAGAAGAUGUUAGAGAACCUCACAGAGGACAGCAAGAGGUUGAUGGUCACUGCUGACUCGGUGUUCACAAGAGUUGCUAGUGACCUCCUCAACGGAACCAUUUUAGUGCGACAACUGGAGCUAAUUGUGAAGCACCAGGCUCAGUUCCUCGACAUCUGGAAAAUAAAGUGUGAAAGACUUUCGCCCCAGGAAAAAAACCAGAAUUUAUCAUCUGUGCUGAUUUGGAGACGGAAAGAAUUGGAAUUUCUAGAGACAGAGAAAAAAUAUGUUGAUAAUCUCUUAAAAUUGUGUGAGAAGGUGAAGCACCUGAUAAAAGUGGAUUUUGGAGAGAUUGCCCACAAGCAUCUGGAAGACCUGAGCAGUAAGAAACUAAGUGAAGUUGUGACGGUGAGACUCUCUAGCUGCUCACCUAUGGAACAUACAACAUACUACGACCUGAGUGACACGGUCCGCGAGAUGGGGAGGACUGUGUACCUGCUGAGGAACAGCUACAUCUUCAAGCUCUUCUGGGAAGAAGCUGCAGAGCUGCUACACGAGCCUGACAAGGAAUCAGAAGAGCAAGCAUUUCACCUGGAAGAUGUGUGUGGGGAAUUAUUCCUCCCUUGUUAUAAAAGGUUCCUUAGACUGUAUAUGAAUCUGAAGUCAGGAGAGGUCACCUUUGAAGAAAUCAAUGCCUUCUUCAAAGAUUUUGUUAAUAAAUACAGUGACCUGGAUUCAGAACUCAACGUCAUGUGCAAUGUGGAUGAGAAGAACGAAAGGUGUUGGAUCCAGGAGCGUGUCGAGCAGAUCAAGGAGUUCCAUGACCUUCAUCAGGCUGCUGCCUCAGUCAAGGUCAUCUUGAAAGUCAAAGAGAAUCUGGCCCUGAACGGUGACUUCAGUGUUCUUCACACUUUAUCAAGUUUUACAGCAGAUUUUGAACACUUUCACCAUGAAAAGCUAACCCGGAUCAGCCAGCAGCUUAUCAAGGCAAAAAAACUGGUCCAGGACAUCAGUGCUGCGCGGUGUCGGUGCCUGGAGGAACUGGCACUGAGGAAGGAGUUCAUCAGCUGGCUCCAGGAGGCCCUUGGAGACAUUAAUGAGCUGAAGGUAUUUGUGGACCUGGCCUCCAUCUCAGCGGGUGAGAACGACAUAGAUGUGGACCGCGUGGCCUGUUUCCACGAUGCCGUGCAAGGCUACGCUUCUGUGCUGUAUAAACUCGAAAAAACGGCAGGCUUUGAUACGUUCAUGAACCAUCUGGACGAGCUGUGGAAAGCUCUGGAAAAUGACCCACACCUGCCCAAGAAACUGUGUGAUUCAGCCAGGAACCUGGAAUGGCUAAAAACAGUGAAGGAAAGUCACGGGUCUGUAGAGCUCUCGUCCCUGUCCCUGGCAACAGCCAUCAACAGCAAAGGCAUCUACAUCAUUGAGGCCCCUAAAGAUGGCCAAAAGAUCUCUGAGGACUCUGUCCUACGCUUGGUCCUUCCCGAGAGUCUUGGUGACCAGGAACAAAUACGAGAGUACUCUUUAGAAGAACUGAGAGAGCUUUUGAACAAGUUGAUGCUGAUGUCUGGCAAAAAAGAUCAGAACAGCUGUGAAGUGGAGAUGUUUUCUGAGGUGUUUUGCAACGUGCAGAGACUUGUCCAGUCCUUUAUAAACCUUUACUCUGCUGGGAACAUGUUGUUCAGGACCUGGCGCGUGGAGGUGUUCUGCUCCCCAAGGUGGAAUGUUUCCAUCCACAUGGACUUCAACCUGGAGCUGGUGGGCUGGCUCACAGGGAGGGGAGAGGUGGCCGGGCUGCUGGAGGACCUGUGCAGGCAGAUGGAGCACUUCCUGGAUUGCUGGAAGAGACUCCUGGAAGAGAAGCGAACCGAACACUUCUACCUCAACCUCUACACAGCCGAGCAGCUGGUCUACCUGAGCACAGAGCUCAAGAAGCCGAGCCCCAGUGAGGCAGCCCUGAUGAUGCUGUCCUUCAUCAAACACAACUGCACCCCGAGUGAUGUCUCCCAGACCUGCAGCAGGACUGACGUGCCAACCAGCAGACAGCUCGUGCAGACAGUGAAAGCAGAGUUAGCCCAGAUGCUCUCCUCUGAGCUCAGCCUUGCGGACAAGCUGAGGGUCAUCAUGGAACAAUCCAUGAAAUACAUGUGCAUCUUCCUGCCUCAAUGCUUGGACCUGGACGCCCUCGGCCGCUGUCUGGCUCAUCUGUCUAACAUGAGUGGACCCCCUGUGGAGCGGCAUCUGCCCAGAGGCCUGCAGGUCGGCCAGCCCAACCUGGUUGUGUGUGGCCACUCAGAGAUACUGCCAGCUGCCCUGGCCAUCUACGUGCAGACCCCGAGCCAGCCCCUGCCUACCUAUGACGAGGUGCUGCUCUGCACCCCAGGAACCACGUUUGAGGAGGUGGCUCUGCUUCUGCGCCGCUGUCUUACCCUGGGCUCCCUGGGGCGCAAGGUCUACAGCCUGCUGUUUGCAGACCAGCUGAGCUACGAGGUGGCCUCUCAGGUGGAAGCACUCUUCCAGAGCCUGUGUCUGCAGCAGUACCACGAGGACUACCAGCUCAUCCUGGUCUGCGACAGUGACCGCGAGCACUGCUACCUCCCCUCGGCCUUCAGCCAGUACAAAGUCCUCGUCACCCCGCAGGCCUCGCUCCAGGACAUCCAGACUUACCUGGCGAGCCACUUCCAGGUCCCAGUGCAGAUGCAGUCAGCAGCUGCUGUGUUCAAGGACCAGAUGUGUGUCGGAGUGGUGACGUCGCGGAGAGCCAGUGUUGGGAAAUCGCUCUAUGUGAAGAGACUGUAUAGCAAACUGAAGGGGAAGUACACUGGGGCCAAAGUGCCUCUCAAGGUCAUCCGAUUGAUGGCUCCCCAAGUGGAUGAACACCAGGUCCUGGCUGCUCUCCUGCCUUUCAUGGACACACAGAGCCAGAAGUGCCCCAUCAUUUUCCACUUAGAUGUGACGUCUUCAGUACAGUCUGGAAUUUGGGGAUUUCUAUUCAAACUCUUAGUUUUACAAUACUUAAUGGAUGUAAAUGGAAAGAUGUGGCUUCGGAAUCCACACCAUUUAUAUAUCGUUGAAAUCCUAGAAAAGAAUCCAGUACGGCCAAAUAGGUCUUCAAAACUGGGAACCUGUGCCCCACAGUUCAGUUUUCUUGACAUUUUCCCAAAAGUCACAUGCAGACCUCCAAAAGAGGUGAUAGACAUGGGGCUGAACCCUGAAUCAAGCCACAGAGACCCAGGAAUGGAUCAGAGAGAGUUCAGCAGUGAAACAUUCCAAAGACCAUACCAAUAUUUAAAACGAUUCCAUCAAAAACAAAACCUGGACACGUUUCAGUACCAAAAAGGCUUUAUUGAAGACUCACCGGAGGAAUGUCUCCAGCAUUUCUUGAUUUACUGUGGGGUGAUGGACCCAUCAUGGUCAGAGCUUCGAAACUUUGCUCGGUUCCUGAAUUAUCAGCUCAAAGACUGUGAGGCCUCUGUCUUCUGUAACCCUGAGUUUACUAAAGAUGCACUGAGGGGCUUCAAGAACUUUGUGGUUACGUUCAUGAUUUUUAUGGCGAGAGAUUUUGCCACACCAACCCUGAACACACUGGACCAAAGCCCAGGGAAGUGUAUAGUUAACAUGGACGGUGUCAGAGAAGAAGACCUGGCUCCUUUCACUCUGCGGAAGAGGUGGGAGUCAGAGCCCCAUCCAUAUGUUUUCUUCAACGGUGACCACAUAUCCAUGACAUUCAUUGGCUUCCAUCUGCAGGAAAACCGAAACCAAAGCAUUGAUGCCAUCAAUCACUUGAAUAAGCAGGUAAUCAAGAAAAACGUCAUGACGCUGGAACUGUACCAGGACUUGAAGAAUCAGAGGGUGCGUUUCAAUGUUGACUUUGAUCAAUUGCCCAGACAUGAGAAGCUUGAAAAGCUCUGCCUGGCAUUAGGAAUCCAGUGGGCCAUUGAUCCUGAUGAAACCUAUGAGCUCACGAUAGACAAUAUGCUGAAGAUCCUGGCCAUCGAGAUGCGGUUCCGAUGUGGGAUCCCCGUUGUCAUCAUGGGAGAAACUGGCUGUGGGAAAACCAGGCUCAUCAAAUUCCUUAGUGACCUGUGGCGUGGGGGUAUUGAUGCUGAAACUAUGAAGUUGGUCAAAGUCCAUGGGGGAACGACAGCAGACAUGAUCUACGCCAAAGUCAGGGAGGCAGAAAAGAUCGCUAUGUACAACAGGAGACAUCAUCAGCUUGACACCAUCUUGUUCUUUGACGAAGCCAACACAACAGAGGCCAUCAGCUGUAUCAAAGAAGUUCUGUGUGAUCGCACGGUGAAUGGCGAGCCCUUGGCUGAGAACUCUGGUUUGCACAUCAUCGCAGCCUGCAACCCCUACCGGAAACAUUCCCAGGAGAUGAUCUGCCGUUUGGAGUCAGCUGGGUUAGGGUACAGAGUUAGUGCGGAGGAGACAGAAGAGAAGCUUGGCUCUAUUCCUCUGAGGCAGUUAGUUUACCGAGUCCACGCUCUCCCACCAAGCAUGAUUCCUCUAGUAUGGGACUUUGGACAACUGAAUGAUGUCACUGAAAAGCUCUAUGUUCAACAAAUUGUCCAGAGACUAGUUGAAUCCAUGGAGAUAAAGCAAAACGAGAUAUGUGUGAUCACAGAAGUGCUUUCUGCCUCUCAGGGUUUCAUGAGGGAAACAGACAACGAGUGUAGCUUUGUCAGCCUUAGGGAUGUGGAACGCUGUGUGAAAGUUCUCAGAUGGUUUUAUGACCACAGUGAAAUGCUCUUGUUAGAGCUGGAAUCCUCCCGUACAUCAGGUGUCCAACAAUCGCUGAGAAACCCCGUCCUCUGGUCUCUGGUGCAGGCAGUUGGAGUAUGUUACCACGCCUCUUUAGAAAAGAAAGAAUUGUAUCGCCAAGCCAUUUGUAGGUUUCUUCCGGAACCAUACAAUGACAGCAAAGUUAUACUGGAGGAAAUAAUUGAAACUCAGGAUCUUUUUCUAAAAGGCGUAUCACUGAGGAAAACCAUUGCCAGGAACUUGGCUUUGAAGGAGAAUGUCUUCAUGAUGGUGAUCUGCAUUGAGCUGAAGAUUCCUCUCUUCCUGGUGGGAAAGCCUGGCAGCUCCAAAUCCCUUGCCAAGACCAUUGUGGCUGAUGCUAUGCAAGGCCAGUCAGCUUCCUCCAGUCUCUUCCGGAAGUUGAAGCAGGUCCACCUGGUGUCAUUCCAGUGCAGCCCACACUCGACCCCCCAGGGGAUCAUAGGCACCUUCAAGCAGUGUGCCCGCUUCCAGCAGGGCAAGGACUUGCAGCAGUAUGUGUCCGUGGUUGUAUUAGAUGAGGUUGGGCUUGCUGAAGAUUCCCCCAAGAUGCCCCUGAAGACUCUGCACCCCCUGUUGGAAGACGGCUGUAUUGAAGAUGAUCCUGCCCCCCAUAAGAAGGUUGGCUUCAUAGGCAUUUCCAACUGGGCCCUGGACCCUGCCAAGAUGAACCGGGGCAUUUUUGUGUCACGUGGCAGGCCCAAUGAGAAAGAGCUCAUAGAGAGUGCCAAGGGAAUUUGCCACUCAGACACUCUAAUUCGAGACAGAGUCCACGGGUACUUUGUCUCCUUUGCCAGAGCCUAUGAAACAGUGUGUAAGACGCAAGACAAGGAAUUCUUCGGGCUUCGUGACUACUAUAGCCUCAUCAAAAUGGUCUUUGCUAUGGCCAAAGCUUCCAAUAAAGAGCCUUCCCCUCAAGACAUUGCACACGCCGUCCUUAGGAACUUCAGUGGCAGAGACGACAUCCACGCUUUGGACAUUUUUAUGGGCAAUUUACCUGAGGCAGAACGUGCUAAAGAUGUCAGCACCAUUCAGCUGAUCCAGCAGAAUAUUUAUGGUGAUCAUUUAAAGGGGUCUAGUAGCGAAUCAGAAGAUACUGAGUGUCGCUAUUUACUUGUGCUGACCAAAAAUUAUGUGGCCCUGCAGAUCCUCCAGCAGACAUUCUUCAAGGAUAACCAGCAGCCAGAGAUUAUUUUUGGUUCCAGCUUUCCAAAGGAUCAGGAGUACACGCAGGUCUGCAAAAAUAUCAACCGUGUGAAGAUCUGCAUGGAAACUGGCAAGAUGGUGGUCCUCCUCAAUCUGCAGAACCUGUACGAGAGCCUUUACGAUGCGCUCAACCAGUACUACGUCUAUCUGGGUGGCCAGAAGUAUGUGGAUUUGGGCCUGGGGACCCAUCGUGUCAAGUGCCGGGUUCACCCAGACUUCCGCUUGAUCGUCAUUGAAGAGAAAGAUGUUGUAUACAGACAUUUUCCCAUUCCACUCAUCAAUCGGCUGGAGAAACACUAUCUGGACAUCAACACUGUGUUGGAGAAUUGGCAGAAGCGCAUUGUGGAGCAACUCCAGGCCUGGGUAGAAUGUUUCAUCCGUGUGAAAGCAGAUCAUUUCCACGCCAAACACAAAUACAGCCCCUCUGAUGUCUUCAUUGGGUAUCACUCUGACACAUGCGCCUCUGUGGUACUUCAGGUCAUAGAGAGGCAAAACCAUAGGGACUUGUCGAGUGAAGUCUACCAGACGGUACUGGAGGAAGCCAAACUGAUCCUGCUGGGCUGUGCCACUCCUGAUGCUGUGGUUCGGCUGAGCACGUCCUCGCUAGGGGGGUUCAUGGCCCAGUCACUAUCACAAGAAUACUAUCACAAGCAGCAGCACAAUUCCUUUGCCGAUUUCCUUCAGACUCAGCUUCACAUGAUAAAUCUGGAACGUCCUGUCAUCAUCUUCACAGAGAUCACCACUUUCUCCCGACUUCUCACCAAUCAUGACUGUGGGGUGUUGGAAUCCGAGGUGAAGGACAAGGCUCCAAGGCCCACCAUCCUGUCCUUGCAACAGUAUGACACAGAGUACUCCUUCCUCAAAGAUGUCCGAAACUGCCUAACCAAUAAAGCCAGAUGUAAAAUCCUCGUUAUUCAAACAGAUUUUGAAGAUGGGAUUCACAGCGCUCAGCUCACUGCCUCUGCUAAGUAUGCUGCUAUAAAUGAAAUCAACAAGAUCCAGAUAAACAAGGGCUGUAUCUUGGUCUAUUUCAUCACAAAACUCUCCCGGAUGGGAAGUGGGUCGUCCUAUGUGGGAUUCCACGGAGGGCUGUGGCAGUCUGUGCACAUUGACGACCUCCGCAGAUCCACCUUCAUGGUUUCCAAUGUGACUAAACUACAGAAUGUCUCCAUCAGCCAACUGUUCAAGCCACAGGGCACAUCUGAUGUCGAGAUGGGACACAGGGCAGAGGCCCACAGCAAGAAUGAGGAGAUGGAAACAGAUAGGAAUGGACCAGGGGAAGAGGCAGAGGAGGAAAUGGAAACGGAGAGCUCCGAGGCAGUGGAGGGUGACGUCUCUGGGCCAGGAAGCAGUGAGGUAAGCAUCCUGGACACCACCAGACUCCUGAGCAGCUGUGUGCAGAGUGCUGUGGGCAUGCUCAGAGACCAGAACGAGUGUUUUUCACGCAAUAUGAGGAGAGUCGAGAUUCUUCUCAGCCUCCUGAGUGAAGACGAUGAAUUCAGAGCCUCGUUCCUGCGUGUCUCCAAAGAGCGCCUCUAUUUUCUGUUGAAGAAGCAGGAGGAGAACACAUAUGAUCCAAAGGAAUGGGUAGUACGGGAAGCCUCCAAUCAGGAUGCCCUCCAAGAGACAGGCACAUUCAGGAAUACCCUCUGGAAGCGGGUCCAGACCGUGGUGACCCCUCUCCUGGCCAGUAUAAUAUCUUUCAUCGACAGAGAUAGCAACCUUGAGCUACUGGUUAAUCCAAAAUUUCCACCCUGGGCGAAGGAUCUUUGGAUGUUUAUUUUCAGUGACACCAAGCUUCUCAACAUCACUCCUAUGAUGAAUGAUACAAGAUCUAGGAGCGAGAUGACCUACAUCAUGGUGCAGAAUGAUAUGAAGCUUUCAGGCACUGAUGUUCCAUUUAGCUGGAGAAUCAAGGACUACCUGGAGGAGCUCUGGAUCCAAGCUCAGUACCUCACAGAUACUGAAGGGCUGUCAGAGAAGCUAGUGGAAAUCUUUCAGCAGACUCCUCUGGGCAGCUUUCUUGCUAAACUCAGUAGUGAGCAACAGCAAAUACUUUCCCAGUGGUACUUGAAGGACUUCCUUCUCUUGACCAUGACUGUGUCCACAUGUGAGGAGUUGAAGUUUCUACAGAUGGCUCUGUGGUCCUGCAUGAGACAGCUGAAGGCAGCCGCAGGAAGGCCAGAGGAGGAAGGGGCGUGCCUGCCAUGGGUGCACCUUGCCUAUCAGCACUUCAGGAGCCGGUUGCAGAACUUCUCCAGGAUCCUGGCUGUCUAUCCCCAAAUCCUGGACAGCCUGAGAGAAGCAACGCAGAAGUGCAACCUGCCUGAGCGUGAGAUGGUGCUGGAUGUGAUUGCAGGCGUGGUCUGUGCUGAGAUGCUGACCACAGACAUCCUGCAGCCGAACCCCCAGGCCUGGCUGCAGAUGGUGAAGAACCUGUCCACACCAUUGGAGUUCCUCUGUUCUGAAGAGCAAAUGCGAGGCAGUGGGAACAUAACCAUGGUUCUUGUCAGGGAGCUCAGGUGCUGUUGGAAUCGGAUUUUCUCCGUCUCCCUCUUCGUGGAGCACGUGCUCCUGGGGACCGAGAGUCAGAUCCCUGAGCUGCUGGAGCUGGUGAAGGCCUGUACCACCUCCCUCAACAAGAAUCUGCAAGACAACUCUGACAUCAAGACCCAUAGACCUUUUGAGGCUGUAAUGACGACUCUCCGUGACUGCAAAAACCAGGCCAGUACCACCUUCACCAGAUAUGGAAUUCAGCCAUGUCCCAUUUGUCUGGGCGAUGCACAGGAUCCUGUCUGUCUGCCCUGUGACCAUGUCUACUGCCAAGGAUGCAUCCGCGCCUGGCUCAUCCCAGGGCAGAUGAGAUGCCCUUUCUGUUUAACCGAUUUGCCAGAAAACUUCUGUCUGACUGUUUCCCAAGAGUACAGGUCGGCCAUAGAGAAACACGCCCAAUUCCGGCAGAUGUGCAACAGUUUCUUUGUAGACCUGGUUUCCACCAUGUGCUUCAAAGACAACACUCCACCUCAGAGAGAUGUCAUUGAGGCCCUGCUGUCUUUACUCUUUGUGCAAAAGGAGCUCUUGAGAGAGGCCCCCCAGAGACAUCGUGAGCACACAAAAUCUCUCUCCCCAUUUGAUGAUGUGGUAGAUAAGACACCUGUCAUCCGCUCGGUGGUAUUGAAACUGCUACUGAAGUACAGCUUCCAUGAAGUAAAAGAUUAUAUUCAGGAUUACUUGUCUCUGUUAGAGAAGAAAGCCUUCCUCACUGAAGAUAAAACCGAGCUCUAUGCCCUCUUCAUCAACUGCCUGGAGGAUUCAAUACAUGAGAAAACUAGUGCUAUCUCUGAAAAUGAGGAACUGAACUACAUACGAGAGGAAGCUCAGUACCUUGGGACUUAUUCUCCACUGAGUCAUGGCCCAAAGCCUGUUAAGGAGGCUUCCAUUGGAUACCUGCAGACAAUGGCUCGGAUCCGCCUCUGUCUCGACAGAGCUUCAGAUUUCCUCUUUGAGCUUCAUGCGGGUUCAGGAAUUGCUGAGGAAAAGCAGCGCUAUCUGCAGCAAGUUCAGCACUUCUGUAUCAAAGCCAAGAACGACUGGUUCCGGGUGUACUUGGUGAGGAGGCUCGCGAACCAGCACACAAUGGAGUUUGUGCAGAGAUUUGCCAGACGGGGUCACCCAGCCCAGUGGGUGUUCCCCAAGGAAGUCAUUGUACAGCAGGUGAGAAGUGCUGACUAUCCAGGCCAGCUGGACCGAUUCCUGGUGUACGGCGAUGGAUACAAGGCUCUUCGUGAUGCGGUCGGGAGAGCUGUCCUCGAGUGCAAUCCCAAGGGCAUCACAGCUGCUCUGGAGGCCAGUAAGGACUCUAACGCUCAGCAGGCAGUCCACUUACUGUUGGCGCUCUUCCGGGAGGUCACUGUCUUGUACAGAUCCCGUAACGCAAGGAUCUUCCGUACGCCAGAGCAAUGUGAGGCUGUGAACAGAUUCAUUGAAGACACAGAGACCCUUUCUCCUGAAAUCAGACAUUUUGCGACAUCCCUUGUGGCCAACACUCAGCCAUUGCUGACAGCAGUUCCCAGUGACGGAGGCCUUGACACAACAGUGACAGAGAUGGUUGUUCACGCAGCAGCCACCCUUCUCUGUGCACAGAACAAGGUCUUGGAACCCCUGAAGAACCUGGCCUUCUUCCCGGGCCACAUGCUGAAUGCUUUUCUUCCCACCAUGCCUGAAGACUUGCUGGCUCAAGCUAGGCGUUGGAUGGGUCUGGAAGGAGUCCGCUGGUACACUUGUCCCAGAGGCCAUCCGUGCUCUGUAGGAGAGUGCGGCAUGCCCAUGGAGGAGAGCUACUGCCUUGACUGUGGUCUUCGAGUUGGAGGUGCCAAUCACAAACCCCGUGUUGGAUUCAUUGCUAUCAAAAAUGAUACAGACAGAACUCAGACUGGCCAUGUGCUGGGAAGCCCUGUAGCCAGAGAUGAGAUGGCAGUAUCGGACCGAGGCCUCUCUCCGGUGGUUUUCAUUCUCAUCCGGUUACUCACGCAUUUGGCUAUGCUUCUGGGAGCUGCCCAAAAUCCCCAGGCUGUAGCAAACAUCAUUAAGCCUCCAGUGGAGGACCCCAAAAGAUUUCUCCAACAGCAUAUCCAGAGAGACUUGAAUCAGCUGACAAAGUCCCUGGGCAAGAGUGCCGACGAGAUCGCCAAUGUGGUGCACCUGAUCCUGCGCAGCCUCCUCAGAGAACAGGACGCCUGCUCUGACCAGUGGCUUCUACAUUUUGAUGCAAAAUUGUCAAGCAAAGUGAUGAGAAACAACUGGGAAAAAACGGUCCAGAUGAUGAUUCUCUCUGAACUGGAGCAUCUAGACCAAACUCUCCUGACUGUCAACACCCUCAUCAGCCAAGAUGAACGUAUCAGCUCCAACCCUGUAGCCAAGAUCAUCUAUGGUGACCCAGGGACCUUCCUGUGCCACCUGCCCCCGAAGAGUGUGGUCCAUUGCUCUAAGAUCUGGAGCUGUAGAAAACGAAUCACAGUUGAGCACCUGCAGCACAUAGUAGAGCAGAAAAACGGCAGAGAAACAGUGCCCAUCCUCUGGCAGUUCCUACAGAAGGAAGCAGAGCUGAGGCUGGUGAGAUUCUUGCCGGAGAUCCUGAACCUGCAAAGGAACCUAGUGAAGCGAUUCCAGAAUGUUCCCGAAGUUGAAUUCGAAUCCCUCAGGAGUUUUAUUGACAGUCACAAUUCAGAUGGGUUGAAGCAGGUGUUUCACAACAGAAUCACUAUCUUUCUGUCAACGUGGAACAAGCUGAGGAGAUCACUUGAGACCAAUGGUGAAAUCAAGCUUCCGAAGGACUACUGCAGCACUGACUUGGAUCUGGACACUGGCUUUGAGGUCAUCCUGCCACGUCGCCGGGGACGGGGCCUCUGCUCCACUGCCUUAGUCAGCUACUUGAUUAAGCUCCACAAUGAAAUGGUCUACACUGUGGAAAAGUUCUCAAAGGAAAGUGACAGCUACUCCAUCGAUGCCUCUGAGGUCACCGACCUGCAUGUCAUCAGCUACGAAACCGAGCGGGACUUGAUGCCCCUGAUUCUCUCCAACUGCCAGUACAGAGUUGAGCAAGGUGGCGAAGCCCUGCAGGAGUUCGACCUGGAGAAGAUCCAGAGGCAGAUCACCAGCCGAUUCCUCCAGGGCAAGCCCAGACUGACCCUCAAGGGAAUACCCACCCUGGUAUACAGACAUGACUGGAACUAUGAACAUCUCUUCAUGGACAUCAGGAACAAGAUGCCACAGUGCACUCUCCCCCACUCAGCCCUCAGCACCCUCAGUGGACAGCUGCAGUCCUUCAGCGACGCCUGUGAAGCUCUGUCUAUCAUAGAAGUCACCUUGGGCUUUCUGAGCACAGCUGGUGGUGACCCAGAUGUACCCUUGAAUGUGUAUAUUCACGACACCCUGCGAAUGGGUGAUCAGACAAGUCCUGUUUUCAAGGCCUUAAAAAGAUGUCAGCUAAAGCACGUCAUUGCCCUGUGGCGGUUCCUCUCUGCGCAUAAGUGCGAGCAGCUUCUGCGACUGGGAAAAGAUCCAUUUAGGGAAAUCAGUUCCAAGUACAAAGUGGAUCUCAGCCCCAAAGAUGCACAACUCCUCAACACCUUCCUUCAUCAGACUGACCUAGAUGCCUUCUUGCUGGAGCUUCAUGAAAUGAUGAUCCUCAAACUAAAGAGCCCCCAGGAGGAGAGUUUCUUCCCUGUGUGGAGCCUGAGAGACACUCUGGUAAGUUACAUGGAAACUAAAGAGAGUGACGUUCUUCUGGAAAUGGAAUCCCAGUUCCCAGAAGACAUCCUGCUCUCCAACUGCAUUUGUGUGUGGACCAAGGCGGCUGAGCUGAAGCAGGCCCGACACAGGAGAUAG